AUGGCGCUCCAGAAUUUGCACGAGCUUUACAAUAACAAGCGUCAUCCAAGUCGAAAUGGUGGCGAUUCUGGAAGAAAUUCAACUACUCUUAUGUGUUACGUUACGCUUGCAAGUAGUCAGGUUUAUCAGGUUGAAGUCGAUCAUAAAGCAGAAUGUCAGGAAGUCAUAGAUAAAAUAUGUAAAUUGAUAGGGAUUACUGAAGAAGCUAGUUAUUUUGGUAUCCUGUUAGCAGGAUCGAGAAACGAAUUGUUUUGGCUUAACAGCAGAAACAGGUUAUCAAGGCAAAUUCCAGGGUCUCCUCCAUACCAUCUAUAUUUUAGAGUGAAGUAUUUUGUUCAACCAUCUACACUUCAACUCGAGGAAACCAGACAUCAGUUUUACACAAACGUCGUAUAUCAUCUAAAAAACGGAUCUUGGGACGCUGACACCACCCUGGAAACACAGUCACAAUUAAUUGCCCUCAUGGCAUACAUACAGUUUGGAAAUUACAACCCAAACACCACUCCAUGCAAGUAUGCUUGCUUUUGGCCCGAAUGUCGCAACGAAAUUCCACCAGAAGCUAUUCGUAUGGCUGCUGCUUUUCAUAAAGACUUAAAAGAUAUUACCACUUCCCACGCAAAAUAUGAACUUUUGUCUAUAGUUUCACGAGAAUUUCCCUCAUAUGGAACAUAUUUCUAUGAUGUGAAGAAUAUAUUUGAUCGCAAGUUAUUGCUUGGUGUUGGUCCUAGUGAUAUUGUUUUGUGCAACUCUACUGGAGGCGUUAUCGAUCGCUUUCCGUUUUGUCGAGUACACACAAUCACAAACAGCGCACGAGUUGUUACUUUAAAUUUGCUUGAAGAAGAUGGCAGUGUUAAAGGACAAAAUUAUCAAUUAUCAUCAACUCGUUUAGCUUAUUCCCUUUAUCGUACAAUUACUGAAGUUCAUGCUUUUUUCAAAGUGAUUCAAUUAAACAAUCUUUAA